GUCGCGCAGGUGCCAGAGGCAAAAUUAUGAAGAAAAUGGCCACAAAAAUUGACGUCUUUCAAAGGUUGAGAGCCUUUGGAGACUGCAAAUUAAUCUACUUUUUUGGGAGAGUUUGAUCAAGUUUUUAAAGUAAAAUCCAGACAGAAAUGUGUUUUAUGAGUGGGAGGAGUUUGGGAUGAAGCAUAUGUGCCCACGCCCCUCUAGACAGCUUAACAUGUACUUUCAGUAGGCGACAAAAUAGGAACAAGGUAAUUAUAACACAAUUCGUAACAUUCAUCAUCUCUCAUUCUUGCCCGUUUGAACUCCCAGAGGAGCAUAGGCCAUCAACAACAUUUCUCCAGCAGCCUGUCCUGUGCAUCCUUUUCUAGCUGUUUCCAUGACGUCCCCGCCUUUUCUAGUUCCGCUUGUACCGGUCGCCCCCAUGUCGGUUUGGUGGCUUCCUUGCUUUUGGCUUUCACCAUCCUGCGUCAUUCUACUCUUCAUUUUUCCUCCUCUCUUCGGUGAUGAAGGUCUUCCAUCUUCCUGAACUGUCGGUGGUGGUGUUUUUCCUGUUUAUGUUUUUGUAGCUGUUUUUGUUCUUAGUUUUACGAGAUUUUAAAGGGCUGCUAACCAUUUGCCCAACCGACCUUAGUCGCUUUCUAUGACUUGUACUUUACGGGUACACCACGUGGCCCUAUUCUUUGCUCCCAUGUCUCUUGGACAGGGCCCCGAUAACCGCACCGGCAGCAGGAUCAUUAAUGAUCUUUGAUAGAAUAUACGGCAGUAGCAGUAGCUGGCAAUACAAACAGCAGUAGCAAAGGCAGCAGCAGCAGCAGCAACUGCACCAGCAGAAACAACAACAGCAAAAAAUUUUUAAAAAAAUAAAAAAUAAAAAAUAGAAUAAAAUAACAGCAGGCCCAAGGUAUUCACAUCUCUUACAUUAUCGCUACUAAGAUCGCCAAACACAAUAUCAUCUUUUAUUCAUGGCAGCAAACAUCGUUCUCUUUUAUUCUGACUCAUAAUUUGAGAAAGACAACCACUUGCCACUGUAGUGUAGCGGGAGGUGUUUCGUUGUUGUGCGCAGGAGACCAGGGCCCGAUUUCCGAGUGAGAGAUUUUAAAAAAAUACAAUUUAAUCGAGUGUCUCCUCCUUGUGCUGGCUUGUAUCCUCCUCAGUUCGCAGCCCGGAUUGGCCUUGACAAGCAGUGUCCGCCUCUUAAAGAAACUUAAAGUGUGUCGGUGGAGGUGUUAAAACACUUGCAUUGAAAAGAAAAAGAUACAGAAAGCUUCUAGUAACGUUUGGAAUAUUCAAAAUUAGUAUGAACACUAUUACAAACUCGAUGACGACAUUUGGCACUUUAAAAAAGAAAGGGGGUGGGACCCAGAAAAAAGUGUUCAAUGUUGUGUAAAAAGAUUCUUUCGUUUAAUCAAGCAUCUUCAUACUUUUUACAACACUAUAGAUUCUACAUUUUCAUUGGUUUCUAAAGGAAGUAAACAAAAAUGGCGGCCUCGGAGGGAAGUGUGAAGGCUGAAGCCCCCGAAGACGAAAUACACAAUGCAAAGGGAUCAGGUUGUCUCAAUCUCUGUUCGAUGAGAAAUCGAGUUAGGAGUUACAUCGAUAAGACAAUGGCUCCAACACCAAAGGGGAAGAAAAAGGCAAAGCAUGAUGUCGCUGUGCUUGAAACGGCCAUUGAGGCCGUUCGUUCAAAAGCCAUGGGGCUGAGGAAGGCGGCCAAGCAUUUUGGCAUUGCAGUGUCUACCCUUUCGGACAAGGUGCAUGGCAAGUCACCGAUAGAGUAUGUGCCUCACAGCUUGCUCACCCAGCACGAGGAAGAACGAUUGGUACAGUGGUUGCUGAAGAUGUCUAAGCUGGGUUUUGGGCAGACCACUGACGACAUUAGGGUCAUGGCAAAGGCCAUCAUGGAACUAAGUGGGGGGACCACAAAAGACCCCUCAAAUCUCCCCUCCCCGGCAUGGGUUUAUCGUUUCUUGGAGCGCCACUCAGAGCUCUCCCUCAGGACGCCGAUGUCGCUGGCGAAGGAGCGAGCCCUCGUGACUCCCCCAAAUGUGGAGAGAUGGUUUCACGACUUGAAAACCCACGUGGAUGCCCUGGACCCCACCCUUUUGUGCGACCCAACUCGCAUUUUCAAUGCAGAUGAGAGUGGAUUCAGUUUCGAUCCCAAAUCAAGAAAGGUGAUUGCAUUCAAAGGGGCCAAGACGGUGUACACAGCGUUGUCUGCAAACAGCAAGACACAGGUCACAGUGUUGGCCAGCGUGAACGCUGCGGGGUUGUAUCUGCCGCCGUUGCUGAUCUACCCGUACAAACGGAUACCUGGCAAAAAUCUACUGGAAAGUUUCCCUGAAUCUUUGCUGCAGGUAUCCGACAAUGGACGGAUCACCUCGGCCAUUUUCUUCACAUGGCUGAGGGAUUCCUUUAUCCCAGCAACUGAACAGAUAGAAAAGCCACUGCUGUUGCUUGUUGAUGGCCACGUCAGCCACAAAGCUCUUGUGGAGAUUUCCAAAAUUUGUGAGGAAAACAAGGUCAUCCUGUAUUGCCUCCUGCCGCACGCCUCCCAUCUCGUGCAACCUUUGGACCAGGCAUUUUUUGGUUCAGUUAAAUCUGCGUGGUCCGCAGCCAGUAGGCGCCACAUGGCAGAGACAGGGAAUGCCGUUGGCCUGGACUCCUUCGCCAAAGUGUUCCAGCCUGUUUGGCAAAGCUGUGCUACCAAAGCCAAUGCAGAGUCCAGCUUCAGGGCUGCUGGCAUCUUUCCAUUCUCACCGGAGAGAGUCCUUCUCACCAAGAAGAUGCUGCCCAGCCAGGUGUUUCGAGACUUUUUCUCCACCGGGCCUGUGGCUUCUUCAACGUCUCCGCCCCCAGUCCUUGCCCCGCCUGUGGCACAUUCUCAGCUUCCUGAUGCAAUCAAGGAUGAGCCAAUGCCAUCAUCUCCAUUUGAGCCAAUGCCAUCAUCUCCAUUUGAGCCAAUGCCAUCAUCUCCAUUUGAGCCAAUGCCACCAUCUCCAUUUGAUCCUCUGGCAGUUUCACCCGUCCAAGAUAUUUCAAACCGGCCUCAAAGUCGGGGGCCAACGCCCCCAGAACCGACGUGCAGUGGACUCCAAACCUCAGCCCCAACUCCCCAACAAAGCGCAGCCCGAGAGCCUGAAAGUGCGUACACCGUCAAACAGUUGGAGGCGAUGAGAAACUUCACCCUUUUUGUUGUGGACGACCUCGGGAGGAAUGGGUUCUUGAGGUGUCAUCAAGCCCUCACAAGAGACACCACAGAGAACCACGAGGGGUUCAUGCAAUUUAAAAGGCUUGCAGCCAAUUUAAAAUCUUCAUUUGAGAUUCCUGAAGUUACCACCCAGUCUAGAGCGCCCCUGACCUCCAAUGACAUCCUCAGGCUCCCCAACUUUUCUGGCAAGGGAAAAAAGAAGAUGAAAAAAGCAGCACCCAGGAUGCAGAAUGUGCUGAGUGGGGCAGAGCGCAGGGAAGCCAUCAGAUUGAAGGAGAGUGCCAGAGAGAAACAAGAGAAAGAAAAGUUGGCUAGGAAGACAGCAAGAGAAGAGGAGGCUGGGCAGAGUAGAGAAAAUUGGGAAAGGAGACUUGGGAGGGAGAUGACUGAAGUGGCGAGGCAGGAAAAGGCAGCAGAGAUGCAGGGCGAAUGGCAGGAGAAGAAAGACCAGGCUUUGCUGAAGAAGUUAGAAAGGGGGGCUCCGAAGAAAAGAAAGCGAAGUGACAGCGACGAGGAUGAAAACGUGAAGGGGGAAGUGGAACAGAUCAUGAGAGAAGCAGAUGAAGAGGAAAGUGUCGAGGAUGAAUAUGGUGAAUCGAAUGACAAAUGUAAAGGGUGCGCUGCAAAAAGACAUGAGGCUGAUCUGUUGGUAGCCUGUGAAGUUUGUGAUUCUUGGUGGCACACAAGCUGCACAAAGUCAGCAUCCAAUUUAACCGUAGAGGAGCUGGAGGACUUUUCCUUUGUGUGUGACAAGUGUUGCCCUAACCAGUAGUUUCAGGCAUACUUACACAGGGUUUAGAGAAUGAGUGCAUGAAGGUGGGCAUGUGUUGUGUGUUUGUAUGUGUGCAAGUGCUUAUCUGUCGCCAGAAAUAAAAAAUGGUCU